UGAACCAGAACUGACAUUCAAACUUCAGUUCGGAAAGAUUGAGUGGUAUAAAGAGACGCUUCAAGCUGGUAACUUUUAUGUGUGAUGUGAAUACAGUGAAAGUGCACCAGGGAAUUUUAACUGUGUUUUGAGACACCCUGACUUAAAUAGGAUCCAUAAUGAGUACUAAGGACUCUGCCAUGGAAACAGACAGUUUGUUAAACAAAGCUGACACUCCAGCUGCUCGUAAAUACCAAGAGCUAUUCAACGACUCAGACGAUGACGAUUCCUUUCCUGAAAUCGAGUGUGACCUGUGCUCAAAAUCCUUCUCCAACAUCAAGGCGUAUGAGCAGCACGUGAAUAGCAAGAAACACCAUCAAAUGCUUUCAAAAAAGAAAUUGAUGAAAAAAAUUGAACCUACUGAAGACGAGGAGGAUGAGAACGUCGAUCCGGAAUCUACGGAUGAACUGCAAUGUGAUGUCUGCGAGAAAACUUUCAGUGGUUACAAGCCGUUUGUUGCUCAUAUGAGAGGUGGUAUCCAUGCUAAGAAUAUGAAAAAGCAAAAAUUAAAAGAAUUUUUGAAAGAUAAGCCAGAAGUUCUUGCAAAAAAUGAUGGAGAAGCAGAAUCUGAUGAUGAUGAUUUGCUUCAAAAGCCAUUUGCUCGCUGCUCAGUUUGCGAAAAAGUUUUCUACGAUCCAGCUUCUUACCAGAAACACAUGGUUGGAUCGACACACAAAAAGAAAAUGACACAGCAAAAAACUCUUGACAAACUAAAAAAUGAAUUACGAGACGAUCCUCAAAUUGAAGAUGAAGAAUUCUUCACCAAAUGCGACAUUUGCAACAAACAAUUUAGUGGGCCAGUGCCUUACAAAAUCCACUUGAUGAGUGCUGUGCAUGAAAACCAAAUGAAACGAGUCCGAGCAAUGGAGAAGUUGAAAGAUUUCUUUCUGGAAGAUUCUACAACCGGGAAGAUGAUCUGCAAAGAAUGCAAAAAAAUGUUCACGGAUCCUUUUGCUUUCAAGCAACAUUUGGAUAACAACAGUCACGAAAAGCAGAAAGUCAAGGACAAAGUUUUAGAAUUUGUGGCGGCUAAUCCUGAAAUCGUAGCAGUGAAAUCGGUUGAGAAUAUUACAUCUGAAGAAGAUAGCGAAGAAAAAGCUGGUUACGAAAAAGGAUACUACUUUCUGGUUUGUAAAUUGUGCCAUAUGAGCUUUACAGGUCUCCAAAGUGCCACGGAUCAUGUGCAGAGUAAGAAGCAUGUUAAUGCUAGGGAUGAGAAGAAGAAGAUAAAACUGCUAAAAAAAAGAAUGACGGAGAAAAAGAAUGCCCAACAAUCCGUGAACGACUCCGCUAAAAGUGCUAUUGAGGCACCAAAAAGUGUGACAGCAAUAUCUGAAAUGGAUACUCUUGAUACAGAUGGUAAUGAGGAAUUUGAACUUGUGUAAAUUUAGAGACAUGCUUCUUUUGCUCAUAUUUUAAUACAUGUACCUUUUUAGACUUUUAUUAAUAUAUGAAUUAUUAGAGAUUAUUUAGAUGUGCUUUUAAAAUGUUUCUGUCAUAUAUGCAUUUGUUUCCGUUAUUUUUUUUUUUUUUUUUCAAUUUUGUCUAGUCUAUAUUUAGAGUACUUACUGAAAAUCGACCAAAAUGUCUUCAAAUAUUUUAAUAUUAAGUUAAAUGAAAUGUGUUCUUAUGUCUUACUUAUAUACUUAUGAUAUACUUUUUCAAAUCAUGUAUUA